AUGAACUUUAAUGCGUCAAAGUGCAAAGUUCUGUCCAUUGCACGCAAGGCCAAUCCAUUGCAUUUUCAGUACCAUAUGGAUUCUACCAAGUUACGUCGAGUAAACGAAGAAAAAGAUCUCGGGUUGAUCAUUACUGAGAAUUUGUCAUGCGAAUCACAUCUUACCUGCAUUUGUGCGAAGGCUAACAAGUUUAACUUACUCGGUCUAUUAAAACGAACAUGUAUUUCAAUUAUUGACAGUAGUGUUCGAAAGACUCUCUAUUUGACGUUGGUUAGGUCCAAGUUAAGUUAUGCGACUGACGUUUGGUCUCCAGCAAGUUCCUUACUGAAACAAAAGGCUGAGAAGAUUCAGAGACGUGCUAGACAAGGCAAUUUAAACAUUUCAAUGAAGUCCGAUUUCAAGAUGAUUUAA